UUAAAUAGCCAGGGGGGGGGGGGGAAGGCUGAGAUCUCCAUCAAGAUUGAUUAGUGUCUCGAGAGCUUAUAUAUUGAAGUGCAUCAGAAACACUUGUCUCUUACUGCAGAGGGAAGAGUGUGGAAGAAUCUGAAAACAACAUAUACAUUCAUCUCUAUAGUUUUGAAAAGACAAAUUGGGUUGUUUGAACAGAUUCACCACACAUACCCCCAAAAAAGCAGAAAUGACACACGUGAGAAUAAAGUUUAUUGAGAUUCUAGAAAAAGUCAUGAAAGAAGGAGAGCAGAUGACACCAGAGGAGAUGCUGAUGACUCAUGAAGGAAUUGCAUACCCAACUGUCUUUUGCAACCCAGAGCAGUUCAAAGCUAUGGAAGCCUUCCAAGCUAGGAGUGAUGAUGUAGUUCUAGCAGGAUACUGCAAAUCUGGUACCAACUGGGUUGGCCAGAUUGUUACCGAUUUAGUAAUAACAUCUGCAAAGAAAUAUGAACCAGAGAAAUUUAAUGAAAAACUUCUCCUAGCAGAAAUUCCUUAUCUUGAAUUAGGAGAUACUGAAAAGUAUAAGAGGAUGGAUACUUAUCCUUCCAGGAGAGUGAUGUUUACUCAUCUCCGUCCUGAUAGAUUCCCACCAUCUAUUUUCAAGAACAAAGCCAAAGUACUGAUGCUGGUUCGAAAUCCAAAAGAUGUUGCUGCAUCUUUUUUCCAUUUUUCAAACAACUUCAGUCCUUAUCCUCCCUAUGAUACAUUUGAAGAGUUCUUCCGAGCUUUAAUGAUAGGAAAAAUGCCCUGGGGAUCCUAUAUAGAGUAUCUUUGUACAUGGAACAAGUUUAUUGAUAAAGAAAAUGUCCUGCCAAUAACAUAUGAAGAGAUAAAAGAGAACCCAGCUUUAGGAGCCAAAAAGAUUUCCACAUUUCUUGAACUGAACUUAAAUGAGGAAGACUUUCAGGAUGUUGUAGAAAGGAGCACUUUCAGUGCGAUGAAAGAUCAAUCUAAAACAACCCAUGGAGAAUUUGGUGAAGUUCUUUUCCGGAAAGGUGGAGUAAGUGACUGGAAAACACUUUUUAGUGAAGAAAACAACAAGGAGAUGGACACAGUAUUUAAAGAGCGCUUAGAAGGAACCAAAGUGGGAAAAUUGAUAAAGUAUGAUCGUUACUGCAAGGCGUGAAGAUCAAGGAAAGAAGCUAAUCACUAUCAAUUCUUAAAUGAUUCCAAUUUCCGAAACAAGGCAUUCUAUUUUCUUCUAAUAAAUCUAUGAGUUUUAUGUAAUCUCUA